GCCAGUCGUUCGCCAGCAGCAGUCCAGCGAGCAAGUCUCUCUCCUACGCUCUCUGGACAUUUUCACUUUUAGAUUUCCGCACCUAUACCUGACGGGCGACUAUAUCCUUCCGGCUACCGGAAAAAAAAGCUAUAGCCAACCCACCGACUACACUACACUCCGGCGAGCAGUACUUACCCAAAGUGCGCCAGUUUAGUUCCAUGCAGAUGUGGAGAAACAAGCGAGCGCUCAGCGAGAGUGAUUGUGAACAGGAUCUCUACCUUGACGAACAUUCCAACAAAGAUUGCUCUUCGCCCGGCGAAGGAUUGAACGAAUCUUGCGGGACUUCCAGCACCGGAGGCAACAUGACACGCAAGCGAAGGCGCGGAAUCAUCGAGAAGAGGAGAAGAGACCGGAUCAAUCACAGUUUAUCCGAAUUGAGACGGUUAGUUCCAUCGGCUUUCGAGAAACAAGGCUCGGCUAAAUUAGAGAAAGCCGAGAUCCUUCAGCUCACCGUUGAUCACCUGAAAAUGCUUCACGCCAAAGGUUUGGAUGCAUUGGCGUACGAUCCGCACAAAUUCGCCAUGGACUACCACAACAUUGGAUUUCGCGAGUGUACGGCGGAAGUGGCCCGCUACCUGGUCUCGGUGGAAGGGAUGGAUGUCCAGGAUCCGCUCCGCUUGCGGCUCAUGUCUCACCUGCAGUGCUUUGCCGCCCAACGUGAACUCAGCAAUAAACCGGUGACGGCCGCACCUGGUGGCGGUGGGUCUGUUGGGUCAUCCGGCGUCGUGACUUCGCCCGUUUCGAGCGCUGCCGCUCCUUCAUCCGCCAUCAUCAACACGCCGGCCCCCAGCAACGCCUGGCCUUUCCCGCCGACUCCCGGCAGCUACGGUGGCGGACAUAAUGUCAACAGUGCUGUCCAGCAUCACAAUUUCAACAAUCAUCCGGCCACAUCCAGUUCGGGUGGCCAACAGAGCGGAACUCCCGGCCCGAGCAGCGUCUUCGAUCAAUCGGCCCAUCACUACGGAAUGGAUAUGGGCAAUUCGUUCGGCCAUCCAGCGGCGGCCAAUGCGGCCCGUCUCCAUCAUCACACGGCCAUGCCGCACCACCACCACCAUCAAACCGGAACAACGAUGACGACGCUCCAACCUGUCCAGCCGGGACAUCCUCACCAUCCGGCCACUGCUUCCUAUCCGCAUGUCAAUCACCAUCCGUUCCCCACAUUGGCUGCCCAGAAUGGCGGCUACACCACUUCCGGCAACCAAGUCCGACCUUACCGGCCAUGGGGUGCCGAACUGGUUUAUUGAAAAACAAAA